UCCAUUUCUUACUCUCCAGGUAAGUUUCUUAAAAAUUUGCUAAUAGUUUAGACUAAAUUAAACAAAAUUUUAUCUUUUCUUCGAUGAAGUGAUGUUGGAUCAGGAAGAACAGGAGGAUGUCAAUGAAGAAGGUAAUAAUAAUACUUUUUAUUACACUUUUAAUUCUUUUAUUUCAUAGUCCUCUUAUACAAUUAUUUUUUUUCUAGAUACUCCACCAGCGAUACAUCUGUCACAAUGAAAAUUUCUUGUAUAUAUUCAUACUUGUAUAUAUUCAUACUUGUAUAUAUUCAUACUUGUAUUUUAUACGGCUGUUUGUCACACAUUUAUAUGUAUAUAUUUUAAAUGGUCUAUAUGUAUAAUAUGUAUAAUAUGUAACAUGUAAGCGUAAUUUAGCGUAACGUACUGCAUAAUAUGUAACAUAGUAUAAUGUAACGUACUGAAUCAUUGUUUGGGAUAUUAAUAAAAAGAAUUCUUGUAUACAGAUAUAUUCAUACUUAUUGAAAGAUGUCAGCGAUCAGAAAUAAAACGGUGGGGAACGGCGUUGUAUUUCGGAAACGGGCCUGUAAACGGGUCUGUAAACGGAUCUGUAUUUCGAAAACGGGUCUGUAAACGGGUAGAAACGGAUCUGUAUUUCGGAGCUGUUAGAAAACAUAUAUUGCACGAUACUCUUUUCGCGCGUAUCAUUACGUCAAUGAUUAUACAUCGCAGAGACAUGAGACCAUCAAAAUCCGAUGGAUGUAACGAUUCCGAGAAGCAAAGACUCGUCAAGGAGCUGCAUGCUCCAGCAAGAAGGAAUUUUCCCUGGAGACAUGUCAUAGUUCGGAGAUAUGGAUCUGUAAACGGGUCUGUAAACGGAUCUGUAUUUCGAAAACGGAUCUGUAAACAGGUCUGUAAACGGGUAGAAACGGAUCUGUAUUUCGGAGCUGUUAGAAAACAUAUAUCGCACGAUACUCUUUUCGCGCGUAUCAUUACGUCAAUGAUUAUACAUCGCAGAGACAUGAAACCAUCAAAAUCCGAUGGAUGUAACGGUUCCGAGAAGCAAAGACUCGUCAAGGAGCUGCAUGCUCCAGCGAGAAGGAAUUUUCCCUGGAGACAUGUCAUAGUUCGGAGAUACGAUGAUCUGUAGCAAGCGAUAUUGUAUUUCGGAAACGGAUCUGUAAACGGGUCUGUAAACGGAUCUGUAUUUCGAAAACGAGUCUGUAAACAGGUCUGUAAACGGGUAGAAACGGAUCUGUAUUUCGGAGCUGUUAGAAAACAUAUAUCGCACGAUACUCUUUUCGCGCAUACCAUUAGGUACGCCAACGAUCACACCAUCGAGACAUGAGACCGUCAAAAUCGAGUGGAUGUAACGAUUCCGAGAAGCAAAGACUCGUCAAGGAGCUGCAUGCUCCAGCGAGAAGGAAUUUUCCCUGGAGACAUGUCAUAGUUCGGAGAUAUGGAUCUGUAAACGGGUCUGUAAACGGAUCUG